UAUCUGUAGUCUUCAUCCAGAAAAACAGCUAUUAUUAACUCUAAAUUCACAAAUCGCCGUUUGCAACAUCAGCGCCUUUAGAUAAAGAAAAAUGAUUCGAAUUCGCGAACGCUCGCAUAGUGUGCCCUCCAAGUUACGGGUGUCCGACCACGAUGAUGAUGUUUCUGUAGCGGCCCUAGCCUUGGCUGGUCUUCGACUGAGCGGCAAGGUGAACCGCGUUAUAGGAAAUUUAGCCGCGGAUAUUAGAAAUGAAAAUAUUGAUGCAAUAGGAAACAAUGUAGUGUUGGAAAAUACAUCGGCAGCUUGUAAUAAAAAGCACGAUAAUCUUGCGGCCGCAAAAGUCGAAGCUAAAAAUGGCAUAUUGGGCUUAGCAGUCUGUCGCAAUAGCCUGAAGCGCAAGUUUGCAGAUGCCGCGUAUUGUGGAGUGGAGAUUGAAGAUGGAGUGAAUUCUUCAAACAGUGCUAAAAAGAAAUUGGAUUUUGGAGAAGUAUAGAUUUCUGAGAUAUCGCAUAGCAUAUCGCAAGCUAUGAAAAUGUCCGCGCAACAAUUACUCCGAACCGUAGCCGCAGGACCAGAUGAAGAAUAUUCUAAACAUUUUUAUAUACAUCAGAAUUGUUUACAAAAUUAUUACUUCUGCAUAAUUAAAGGCGUGUCAGUGUUA